AUGUUUCGAUUCUAUCGUUCGCAUACCAUUAAAUCGUUUUGGCGAACACCAUAUAAACAGCCUCUGCUUCGAACAUCGUUCCAGUCCCCCAUCGGUGUUUGUCGCCUCGCUUAUUUGUCAGAUCAACGUCUUUCAAUCGCCAACGGUUAUGGCUUUAUAGCAAAAUCGUCAAGUUUCACCGAUCUUCGAGCGGCAUUUAGCGGAAAGACAGUCGAUCGUGCUGCAGCCGCUGUCGAAAUGGAACUGCAGAAUAUGAUGGGACGGAUAGUGGUUGAUAUUAAAGCAAUCGCCGGAUUUGCACGUCUAGCAGCCGGCGAUGUGUUUGAGGUGACUAUUCGACAUGGAAAUCAGAAAUGGCGAACACGAGGUAGAACUCAAGUCGAUCGAACACAGAGAUGGGAUAAAUCACAGGCGAUCCUUGUCUGUCAACCGGAUGCAAGCAUAGAGGUGAAGGUUGCUGAAGUCCGUGUGUUCAAAACGAAAUUGUUAUCAGAACGAUCCUUUGAGCCUUGUGAUUUGUUUUCAUCAGAGCCACAGUUGGUCACGAUGAAUCUCAAUCAAAUCGGUACCAUCAAGCUUCAACUAGUCGUCACCUGGAUGUGA